CUCAAAGUACACUCAGUGUGAUGAGUGUUGCUGUGAGGACCAAUGUUGAAGUACCAGUUAGGAAUCUGAGCUGUAAUUUAGCUCCCUUGGAGGUCUGAUCACUGUCGUCAAGUUCACAGAUGACUGUCCAAGCUGAGAGGAUGGAGGUGGCAUUAGUUGACUUUGAGAAGUUAGAGAACAUGAAAAGUAAUGUAGAUGACCCAAAUUGCUCCAGUGACAAAGCAGCUUUGACUGUUGAUAUGCCAGAAAAGGGGCUGAGCUCCAAUGUCAACCAUGUCAUAUAUACCCCAAAUAUCCCUUCCUACCAAGAGAAAAGUCAGAUUAUGAGGGAGCCGCAGUCCCCCGCCAUACCACCCCCAACAACAAGAGGCCGUCCUAGCUGUGCUAGCCUGAUAUCCAAUUGGAAACUUUUAUUAAACAUGGAAGGCUCUCAGGGCGAUAGCAUAUUCAACAAAAUGGCCAAAGAAUGCUAUGAGGAUCUAUUUGUGGACCAGAAAGACACAGAGGAUGGUGAGCAGAAAGUCAUCAUCAACAUCGCUGGUCUUCGUUUUGAAACACGACUCAAGACCUUGGACCAGUUUCCUGAUACUUUGCUGGGAGAUCCCUUAAAAAGAAUGGACUACUUUGAUCCAAUGAGAAAUGAAUAUUUCUUUGAUCGUAACCGUCCGAGCUUUGAUGGAAUUCUGUAUUAUUACCAGUCAGGAGGAAAGAUCCGCAGACCUGCAAACGUUCCCUUAGAUGUUUUUGCAGAUGAGAUAAAUUUCUAUGAGCUGGGAAGUGAAGUUGUGGAGCAGUUCCGUGAAGAAGAAGGCUUUAUCAAAGAACCGGAGGUUCCUCUACCAUCCAAUGAGAUCUAUAGACAGUUUUGGUUGCUCUUUGAGUACCCUGAGAGCUCCAAUGCAGCUCGUGGAGUUGCUCUGGUCUCACUUAUUGUGAUUAUUGUCUCCAUCAUCAUCUUUUGCAUGGAGACCCUUCCCGAGUUUCGUGAUGACUUUGAGGUCUUUCAAGCCAUGGAACUUCCAAUCAAUCAUACAAAGGAUGCUGGAUUUCCCUCAGUCUCCUCACCAAGUGCCACUUCCAAAACGAUUAGCACCACUUUCACUGACCCUUUCUUCAUCAUUGAGACAGCCUGCAUCAUCUGGUUUGUCUUUGAGAUUGUUAUCCGCUUCCUGGUUUGCCCAAGCAAACGCAAGUUCUUUAACAACAUCAUGAACAUUAUUGACCUCAUCUCGAUCAUCCCGUAUUUUGUCACUCUCGUAACUGAACUGGCAACUGUGACCAAUACUAAUACUGGAGGACAGAACAUGUCCCUGGCCAUUCUUCGAAUAAUCAGGUUAGUGAGAGUCUUCAGGAUCUUCAAGCUAUCACGUCACUCCAAAGGUCUUCAGAUUUUGGGUCAGACACUUAAGGCCAGCAUGAGGGAGCUGGGCUUGCUCAUCUUCUUUCUCUUCAUCGGCGUUAUACUCUUCUCCAGUGCCAUCUACUUUGUUGAGGUGGAUGACCCCAACACACAGUUCAGUAGCAUCCCUGAUGGAUUCUGGUGGGCCGUUGUCACCAUGACCACAGUGGGAUAUGGAGAUAUGUGUCCCAUUACGCUGGGAGGGAAAAUAGUCGGCACUUUGUGUGCCAUUGCUGGGGUUUUGACCAUUGCAUUGCCCGUACCUGUCAUUGUGUCCAACUUCAACUAUUUCUACCACCGCGAGACGGAGCAGGAGGACAAGAGGCCGAUAUCUGAAGAUUCUCAGAAAUUAGGAAGUGUCACAAAACAUGGCAGCAACUCAUCUCUGAAUAGGAUAAAUGAAAACUCUGAAGGUAGAAAAGAAAACUACUAA